UCGAUAAACAUGUUGCUCGAUCCCUCCGAACCCCACACGUGAUUACGUAUCUAAUAUUUGCGUUGCAAGUCUGACUUGUAAUUACAACCGAUCCGAUCGGACGUUCAUCGCGAUUCGAACAGGCGCUAACCAGCAGGAGAUUUCCGAUGCAGGGUAGGCGACAAGAUCAUGCCGAUCACUCGAACGCGUCUAGAUUUCAUCGACACGCGUUAACGACCACCCCACCUCGAUGAACUAUCAACUUCAACAGAGCUAUCUCUAUUUUGUUCUCCCACGGCUCAAGAAACCCCCCUUAGCGAUAUUUUCAUUGAAAGGUACACAUAAAAAACCAUAAAAUAUGUCCAGGCGCCUAGUAAAAGGCUCCUCCUCCGGCCGGCGGACGAACAACGUAGCAACUUACACACCAUCCAUGCCGGCGUACCAACCGCCAGCCUUCCCACUCGGCGACGAAGGCCGCCGCGCCCUGUCGAGCAUCAGCGGCUCCGGCGACCUGGCCGGUGCCUACGAGGUUCAGCUGGGCCGGUCGCUCAAGCACCUCCCUGCCGCCGUUGCUAUCAUCAACGACCGCCUCAAGGCUCGCCGCGACGACGUCGACGCCGCCGCCCGCCGGCGCCACAACCAGGGCACCAUGGAACCCACUCCGGCCGACGAGCAGGCAGAAGAGGCUCUGCGCAGGCUAGAACGUGAUGUGCCUCGCCUGGCCCGCGAGCUCGAGGCCGCCGACCGGGCAGCCAUCGACGCCAAGCGCGCCCUGUUCAACCUCAAGGCCGCGCUGCGCGAGGCUAACACCUCGGUGCAGCAGGCACAGCCGCGGCAGAUGCGGGAGCGGGCUGCUGAUGGGGGCGAGUCGACGAUGCGGUUUGAGGAUAUUGAGGAUGUGGAUGAGUUCCUAGCUACGGUGCGCGCGGCGGGUGCAGAAUGGGAGGACGACGAAGGCGCCGACGAAGAGGAGCGGCGUGGGCCUCCUGCCCCACUACGCCUGUUCAAGGAAUCGCGCGCGAGGCUAGCGGCCGAGUACGAGGCCGAGGGUGUGGUUGAGAAGUACGCAGAGAACAACGACUAUAUCGCCUUCAAGCGACACUGGCACGACGGUCUGCAUCCCAACGAGGACAAGGCGAUGCCCGACGCGAGUCGCUGGUUCGAUGAGGACGGCAACCCGCGCCUGGACGAGGAUGGCGGCGACGACGAUGAUGAUGACGAUAUCGCCUACGGUCCUGCUGUGACAAGCACUAGGUGCCCCGUCACGUUGCUACCCUUUCAAGAACCUAUCACUAGCAAAAAGUGCAAGCAUACGUUUGAGAAGUCGGCAAUUGCUUCCAUGUUUCGCGGCCAGGGCGAAAAAGACUGCCCAAUGGGUGGCUGUGUAAAGAAACUCACAUUUGCCGACUUCCACGAGGAUCCCAUAAUGAAACGCAAGAUCGAGCGCGCCAAGCAACGAGAGGCACGUGGCGUCGAGUCUGAUGGAGAAGGCGAAGAGGAUGACGAUGGCAAUAAUCCCGACGCCAGCAUGGUGGAAACAGGCGCAAGGAACAAGGGCCGGCCUAUUAAGCGUGAAGUCAAACGUGGAUCGUCGCCUUCUUGAGACGUUGGUCUGAUCUGACAAACCCCUUUCGGUAACUUACAUUCUACUUGUGCAACCCUCUUGAACGAUACCCCUAUUCUAGUAAUUCCAUUUAUAUGCUUCGUGAA